UUCGAAAAAGCUCAAUUGCCUCAAUUCAAUGCCUACUUAUCAAGAUGGUCACAAUAUAAUUUGAAAUCGAUAAGACGACGACUCGCCGCAGUUUCACACGAAUCAACGUGAAUCAGUUGGAAACUAACAGUGAACCAGAACCAUGGAUUUCUACUAUUUGCCGGGAUCGGCUCCGUGUCGGGCAGUGCAGAUGACCGCGGCUGCCGUUGGCGUUGAACUGAAUCCCAAACUCGUGAAUCUGAUGAAUGGUGAUCAGCUGAAACCGGAAUUUCUUAAGCUAAAUCCUCAACACUGUCUACCAACGCUAGUGGACGGAGACUUCGUCUCGUGGGAGUCACGUGCCAUCGCCAUCUAUCUGGUGGAACAAUACGGCAAGGAUGAUCGACUGUACCCGACGGAACCCCGUCGCCGAGCCGUGGUGAAUCAACGGCUGUUCUUCGAUGCCACUGUACUGUAUCCACGCUUCGCGGAGAUAUUCUAUCCAGGGAUGAGACUUACGAAGGAAUUGGAGAAGUUGGAUCAGGCGGUGGCGUUGUUGGACAAGUUUCUGGACGGGAAAGAGUUCGUAGCAGGCGGGGAUAGUUUGACGGUGGCUGACAUAAGCAUCCUGGCUACCGUGACGACGUUCGACGUAGCAGGCUAUGACUUGGAGAAGUAUGGGAAUGUUUACGGGUGGUACAAGCGGCUCAGCGACGUCGUUCCCGGAUGGAAGGAGAACAGAAGGGGAGCCUUACAAGCCAUUUUGUAUCGAGAUUUCUUCCAGGUGUAUUACCCGAGAUACUUUGUUGGGGAGACGUCGGAGGUGAAUGAUUCGGAAGCAGUGGAGCUUCUCAAGUUUCUGGAUCAGUUUCUAGAUGGAAUGAAGUUUUUGACAGGCGACGCAAUAUCCUUCAUGGAUCAACAAGUGGUUCAGAUGAUUGAUAAAAUCCAGGCGCUAGAAGUUGUUGACAUGACUUCGUAUUCGAACGUUUUGAAAUGGGCGUCACAAAUCAGAUCUCUUACAAAGAAAUAAAGUCCUUCCUAAUGCUGCAAACUUUAGAGAUCCUGUUUCCUUCAGAAAGAAAUCUAGUUUAAAA